CAAAGUGACUCACUGGUGGUCCCUGACACUCUGGAAGCCUUCCCCGGACCUGGACAUCCAGUCUCUGACAGUCCUGCAAUAGUGAGAACAUGGCAGCUACAGGAACUGAAGCAAAGGACCUCGAAAACCAUCACAAUGACUGCUUCGUUCAACUUUCAAAUCCAAACAUAGCAACAAUGAAGGAAGAUGUUCUCUACCAUUUCAACCUCAGCACUAGCACACACGAUUUCCCCGCUAUGUUUGGAGAUGUGAAGUUUGUGUGUGUCGGUGGCAGCCCUUCCCGGAUGAGUACCUUCAUCAGGUACGUGGCUGCAGAGCUGGGCCUUGACCAUCCAGGGAAAGAGUAUCCCAACAUCUGUGCGGGCACUGACCGCUACGCCAUGUACAAAGCUGGACCCGUGCUGUCUGUGAGCCAUGGCAUGGGCAUUCCUUCCAUUGGGAUCAUGCUUCACGAGCUCAUAAAGAUGCUGUACCAUGCCAGGUGCUCCAACAUCACCAUCAUCCGCAUCGGCACAUCUGGCGGGAUAGGUCUGGAGCCCAGCUCUGUAGUCAUCACCCAGCAGGCAGUGGAUGAGUGCUUCAAGCCAGAGUUUGAGCAGAUUGUCCUGGGAAAGCGCGUGAUUCGCAGCACCAACCUGGACACAGAGCUGGUGUAGGAGUUGCUGAAGUGCGCGCUAGACCUGAAUGAAUUCCCUACUGUUGUGGAGAACACCAUGUGCACCUUGGACUUCUAUGAGGGGCCAGGCCAUCUGGAUGGUGCCCUCUGCUCCUACACAGAGAAGGACAAACAGGCCUAUCUGCAUGCAGCCCAUGCCGCAGGCGUCCGAAAUAUUGAGAUGGAAUCUUCACUGUUUGCCACCAUGUGCAGUGCCUGUGGCCUUACAGCGGCUGUGGUGUGUGUCACUCUCCUGGACAGACUGCAAGGGGACCAGAUCAACACUCCCCAUGAUGUGCUGGUUGAAUAUCAGCAGAGGCCUCAGCGGCUGGUGGGCCACUUCAUCAAGAAGAGCCUGGUGAAGGCCUGA